CUCACCGUGGGAUCCUGACAGCGCGGACACUGGCACAUGAAGUGCUUCGUCAUGCCGAGAAAGAUUUUGCGCGCGAGCGUGGACCAGAGGAGCUUCGUGUAGGACAUGGUGAUCUCGGCGCCCUCCGGGAUGCGCUCGGUGGCCGUGACCACGAUGGUCUCGCCAUCCUCGAAGUGGUGCGCCGCAUUCGGCGUGCACUGGUGGUUGAGCAGCCCGGCCAGCGGGAAGAGGGCGCGCGUGACCACCUCCUGGCCAUCGAUGUGGCAGCGGCUCUCGAAGGCGUUCGUAUUGAAGGCGCAGACCGUGCGAUAG